AUGGUCAAUGCUCACCUCUAUUCAGAGAUCGGUAUCUUGGGAAAAAGAGCUGUUUCUCCCGUCGACGAUGGGCCACGCAGCUAUAAUAUCUCGACGUGGAUUUCCCCCCAGAGCGGUGUUGUCGUGGUUGUUGUGGUCGUGGUAGAGCCCGGUGCUGGCGAUGGGGAACGGGGCGGCUAUAUGGAGAGCGAGCCUCGAGGACCGUCUAUCGGGUUCGCUUCGCCAGGCACAGACACGGUCGAGCAACGCGGGACGGAAAUAGCAGAGAUUAACGACAGCGAAGCGGUGCCUUUCCAGUUUCCAAAUCUCCAGAUCUCCAGCGGUCAGGUCAGCUUGUCGAGUUCGGCCUGGGCGUCGAGUCGUUGGGGAUUUCGACGACAGAACAGGUUGUCGGGUCUCUUGGGAGAGUUGAAGGGGUUGAAGAGAGAACGAGCGAGAGACGGAGGAAGCGAGAGAAUGGAGAGAGCAGAGCGAGAGAGGGGGGGCGGCGGCGAGGAUCUGAGGGGGGAGGGAUCAGGGGAGAGAUACAGUAGUGAGGUUAGGAGGAGACUAGUGACUAUGGACUACGGACUAAGGCCCUCCAAGGGCAGGGAACAACGGGUGAUGGGGAGGGAGGGAACGAGAGGAAAGGGAAGGGAAGAGGGAGGAGGGAGGAGGCUGGAGCAGUGGUUGGGCGAGUGCUGUACGGUACGGAGCAGUAGUGUGCUGCUGGAGGGAGCCCGCAGUUUGGGGUUUUUCCUUGGGAGGGAACUUUAG